CAUUAUAUAUCUAUGCACAUCAUUCAGAGUGGAAACUUCUUUCCAAAAUGGAAAACCAUCUAUUACUUUUCAUUUUAUUAUUGAUUCCUGCCUUGGCAUCGUCAGAUCUUUUGGUAACACAUGUCAGAACCAUCAAGAAGCGAAAUGUUGAUAAUGACUUGGUUGUCAAUGGAAUAGAAAUCUAUAGCAUGAAAAUUGAUAGUAAAGUAACUUCACGAUUUGCCCACAACGUCAUCACCAGUAAAGCUGUCAAUCGUGGAAAUGUACACAAAGAAGUUGUCUUUGAUGUUGAACUCCCUAAGACAGCCUUCAUUACCAACUUCAGCAUGACAAUUGAUGGUGUCACUUAUCCUGGAACAGUAAAGGAAAAAGAAGCUGCAAAAAAGCAAUAUGAGAAGGCUGUUUCAAAGGGACAGACUGCUGGUCUUGUCAAAGCUUCAGGAAGAAAAACAGAAAAAUUCACUGUCUCAGUCAACAUUGCAGCAGCCAGUAAAGUCAAUUUUGAACUCACAUAUGAGGAACUGCUGAAGCGACAAUUUGGAAAAUAUGAGAUGUUCAUCAAAGUAAAACCGAAGCAGCUUGUCAGAGAUUUUGAGAUCGAAGUAGAUAUCUUUGAGCCCCAGGGUAUAAGUGAGCUGGAAGCGGAAGGAACGUUCAUCACCAAUGAACUACAAAAUAUCGUAAAAAAAACUUUUUCAGAGAAAAAGGGCCAUAUCUCUUUCAAGCCAACCCUUGAUCAGCAGCGAAACUGUGCAAAUUGCUCACAGUCUCUCUUGGAUGGUGACUUCAUUGUAAGAUAUGAUGUGAAGAGAACAACUCCGGAUAAUUUACAGAUUGUCAAUGGCUACUUUGUACAUUUCUUUGCACCGACAAAUCUUCCAAAGUUGCCCAAGAAUAUUAUUUUUGUAAUAGAUAUUAGUGGCUCAAUGGCUGGAAGAGAAAUAGAACAGACAAGAGAAGCACUUCUGAAAAUCUUAGACGACAUUAAAGAAGAUGACUUCUUCAAUUUCAUACUGUUUGGUAGUGAAGUACACACCUGGAAAGAAACACUAAUCAAGGCCACUCCUAAGAAUUUGGAUGAAGCAAGGGCAUUUGUUCGGGGCAUUGGCACCUCAGGCAUGACAAAUUUACAUGGUGGUAUAAUGAGGGGAAUCAAUAUGCUGAAUGAUGCUCAUGAACAAAACGUAGUGCCCAAGAGAAGUGCUUCUAUAAUUAUCAUGUUAACAGACGGCCAACCAAAUGUAGGUGUAUCAAACACUCAGGACAUUCAGACAGAUGUAAAAAAAGCCAUUGAAGGAAAAUAUCCCUUAUAUAAUCUUGGUUUUGGCUAUGGUGUUGACUACAACUUCCUGGAGAAGAUGGCACUGGAAAAUAAAGGAUUAGCCCGUCGGAUUUAUCCUGACUCUGAUUCAGCUUUACAGCUUCAGGGAUUUUACGAUGAGGUGUCAAAUCCCAUGCUCACAGACGUGGAGUUAAACUACCCAGAAAAUGAAAUAUCAGACCUAACUAAAAACACUUUUAAGCAUUUCUAUGAUGGGUCUGAGAUUGUGGUGGCUGGGCGCUUUAUAGACAACAACCAAAACAGUUUGACUGUAGAUGUGAGAGGUGAAGGCGCUAACGACGCCCUGUCAUAUACUGCACAACAGGAUGCUGAGCAAACAGCUAAAGCUUUCCAAGAGCAACAAUACAUAUUUGGAGAUUACAUUGAAAGGCUCUGGGCUUAUCUCACCAUUGAACAACUCCUGGAAAAACGUAUUGCAGCUACAGGAGAAGAAAAGGAGAAUUUUACAGCUGAAGCCCUGGAUCUCUCACUAAAAUACAAGUUUGUAACGCCACUGACAUCCAUGGUGGUAACAAAGCCAGAAGACCAUGACAAUCAAGAUGGGAUUGCUGAUAAACCCAUUGAAGGUAUAGACAUUUUCACAAUUUUACUUUAUUUGGGAAGCCAAAUGUUCCUUUGGCGUUCCCCUAAAGAAAGGCUUUUGUGUGCACAGGAUAUCACAGCUGCCAUGCUGGCUCCGCAAUCUUUCUUACAUAGUUCAUACCCCACAUGGUAUACUAGUGUUGAUGGAGAUCCACACUUCAUUAUAUCGGUACCACAAAAAGAAGAUGCCAUUUGUUUCAAUAUCAAUGAAAACCCAGGUGCUGUGUUAAAUUUAAUAAAUGACCCAGUUACAGGCAUCACAGUUAAUGGAGAACUCAUUGGUGAUAAGAAGGCAAAUAGUGGCGCAAAGAUCCAAAACACAUAUUUUGGAAAACUUGGCAUUGCAAAUAAACACCUGGAUUUAAAACUGACAGUAACUCCUGAGAAGAUCAUAGUACAGAAGGGCAAUGAAAAAACAGGUUUCACCUGGCUUGACUCAGUCACUUUGCAGCAAGAAGGUUUAACUUUGAUAAUCAAUAGAAAAAAAAAUCUGGUGGUCUCAAUGGGCAGCGGUGCCUCAUUUGUUAUUGUUUUGCACCAAGUAUGGAAGAAACAUCCUCUCCACCAAGACUUCCUAGGACUGUAUACAUUGGGAAGUGAUAAACUGUCUGAACAGACCCAUGGAUUAUUAGGACAGUUUUUCCGCCCCAUUGACUUCACCAUACUUGAAAUUCAUCCUGGGUCUGAUCCCAAGAAACCAGAUGCCACAAUGAUUGUUAAAAACAAGGAACUAACAGUAACAAGGGGCUGGCAGAAGGACUUCAGAGAAGAUCCUGCACACGGCAUCGACAUCCCCUGUUGGUUUGUUCAUAACAAUGGAGCUGGGCUGAUAGAUGGUGUUCAUACAGACUAUAUUGUUUCCAGUCUGUUUUAAACAACUACAGCUUCCUGUAAAGUCACGGGUAUACGGAGUCUGAAUUAACAGUAUUUUUCAGUGUUUAAGAACUAUUAAAAAUACAUAAGCUUACUGUGUUUGGCAAUGCUAAGAGAGGGUUUUGCUGCAUAUUUCAUCAAAUGUUAAGUGCUAAACAGCUAUUCUGCUUGUGUGCACAGAUAUCACUCACCCACUGAAAUAUCCUCAUUUUACUGAAUAAUUUACUAGUUUUAAAAUUCUGACUUAAAACAUUACUUUGUAAAACACAAUGAGAACAUUCUAUCCAGUUUUAAAUCAAUAACUGUGUGUCAGGAGUGAUUUAAAUAAAAGCAUCAGUACUUAA